GGCUUAAAUUGAUGUUUAAGUGUUUAUUGACUAACAAAAUGUCUCAAAAAUCUAUCACUUCGUACUUCAAACCAAACCAAUCUGUCAAAAGAAAGUUAACCCAAAAUGAAGACAAUGGAGACAUUUCUUUGAAUCAGGAUAAGGAUAAACAACAGAGAUCUCAACAGCAAAGUGUCAUUACGACUACCACUCGGUAUGACUUGAGUGAUGCAAUUGUUAAGCAAUGCGCUCUAACGCCGGUCCUAUCGGCUAAUAUCGGCCACUCGUGGUUUAGAGCAUUGAAACCCGAGUUCUCCAAAGACUAUUUCCUACAACUGAGCACAUUUGUGGUAUCCGAGCGCAAGUCGGCCACAAUCUACCCACCAAUCGAUCAGGUAUUCUCGUGGACUCGUAUGACUGACAUUUCACACACCAAAGUAGUCAUUCUCGGUCAAGACCCCUAUCACGGCCCAAACCAGGCUCACGGCUAUGUUCGAAAGGGAGUGGACUGUCCGCCCAGUUUAAAGAACAUGUUUAACGAACUCGAGUCAGAUAUCCCUGACUUCAAGAGACCAAAACACGGUGAUCUCACCGGUUGGGCCAAUCAGGGCGUACUAUUGCUUAAUGCCUGUCUGACUGUGAGGGCCUCCAACGCUAACUCUCAUUCAAAUAGAGGAUGGGAACAACUGACUGACGCCGUCAUCAAAUGGCUUAAUACUAAUCUCUCAUCCGUUGUGUUCCUAUUGUGGGGCUCUUACGCCCAAAAGAAGGGAUCCUUCAUUGACAAAAAAAAGCAUUUAGUGCUCAAGUCUGUGCAUCCGAGUCCUCUCUCAGCUCAUAGAGGUUUCUUGGGUUGCAAACACUUCUCCUUAACUAAUGAUUACCUCAAGAAGAAUGGAAAGAAGGUCAUCGAUUGGAGUGAUUUGUGAUAAUUUGCUGC